UUGUGAAUCACAGAGGUAAAGGAAGAUGAAUUCAAAUGUCAAAUAUUUGUCAGCGAAACAGCAGUGUAGUUUAAUAAACGUUUUCAUUCAUUUUCAUAUUAUCAACUCCGUGUUUUUAUAGGAAAUAAGAUUUGGGCAGGAAAAUAUGGUUAACGAUAAAAGACGCCGUUCGCAUUCAAGGGAACGUCGAGAUAGAGACCGAGAGAGAGAACGUGAACGUGACCGUGAUAGGGAUUAUGAGCGGGAGCGUGACCGAGAUCGAGGCCGCGACCGGGAACGGGAAAAGGAACGUAAUAGACCCCGUUCAAGGUCUCGAGGAAGAGAUCGAGAUAAGGUCGCCGACAAACGUCGUUUGGAAGAAAAGAUGAAAGAUGAAAAAGAGGAGAAAAAGCUUAACAUCAAGGAAGAUUUGGAAAUGGAAGAUGUCAAAUUGCAUGACGAGAAAAACAAAUCGACUAAAAAGGAACCGCUUUCACUAGAGGAACUACUUGAAAAGAAGAAAAAAGAAGAGGAAACAAGAAGCAAGCCUGUGUUCUUGACCAAAGAACAAAGAGCAGCUGAGGCCUUGAAACGACGUCAGGAAGAAGUGGCUGCCAUGCGUAGUGCUCAAAGUGCUGCAACGGCUGCUGCAAUCGCUGGCACUGAUACUGCCAAUAAUGGGAUGUCAUUCACACAACUUAAAAAUGAAAGAAUAGAUCGCAAAGAUCGCGAACGAGAUUAUGAUCGUCGUGAUCGUGAAAAAGGAAGAGAACGGGACAGGGAUCGAGACAGGGAACGUGAGAGAGAUAGAGACAAGGAUAGGGAUAGAGAUAGUAAACGCGCCGAAGACCUUUCUCACAAGGAUAAAGAAAAGGAGUUGGAAGCGAUACGUGAACGCUAUUUGGGUAUUAUAAAGAAAAAACGACGUGUACGUAGACUUAAUGAUCGGAAAUUUGUGUUCGAUUGGGAUGCUGGAGAAGACACCUCUAUAGAUUAUAACAACUUAUAUAAAGAACGACAUCACGUACAAUUUUUCGGUCGUGGUAAUGUUGCAGGAAUCGAUAUCAAAGAACAAAAGCGUACACAGAGUAAGUUUUAUGGAGAUCUAUUGGAGAAACGACGUACAGAAGCCGAGAAGGAGCAAGAGAAGGUGAGGCUAAAGAAGGUAAAACGUAAAGAAGACAAGCAGAAAUGGGAUGAUCGACAUUGGUCUGAAAAAGCUCAUGAUGAGAUGACCGAACGCGAUUGGCGUAUUUUCAGAGAAGAUUACAAUAUUACUAUUAAAGGUGGUAAGAUUCCGAAUCCAAUACGUAGUUGGGCGGAAUCAGGUUUUCCAAAGGAAAUAAUAGAAAUUAUUGAUAAAGUGGGUUAUAAAGAACCUACACCUAUUCAAAGGCAAGCAAUACCAAUUGGUUUGCAAAAUCGCGACAUCAUUGGUGUUGCAGAAACUGGUUCGGGUAAAACUCUAGCAUUUCUUAUACCUCUGUUAUCAUGGAUUCAAUCACUACCAAAAAUAGAACGACUUGAAGAUGCGGAUCAAGGACCGUACGCUAUCAUAAUGGCACCAACACGCGAAUUGGCACAACAAAUAGAAGAAGAAACUAUUAAAUUUGGCCAACCACUGGGUAUCCGAACGGUGGUUGUGGUAGGUGGUUUAUCACGAGAAGAGCAAGGCUUCCGCCUCCGAUUGGGCUGUGAAAUUGUUAUUGCAACACCCGGUCGAUUAAUCGAUGUUUUGGAGAACCGAUACCUAGUUUUGAGCCAAUGUACAUAUAUAGUAUUGGACGAAGCAGAUCGUAUGAUUGAUAUGGGUUUUGAACCCGAUGUUCAAAAGAUUCUUGAAUACAUGCCGGUAACAAACUUAAAACCCGAUAGUGAGGAAGCUGAAGAUGCGAGUAAAUUGAUGGAAAACUUUUACUCUAAAAAGAAGUAUAGACAAACUGUAAUGUUUACCGCUACUAUGCCUCCAGCUGUGGAACGAUUGGCAAGAUCGUAUUUGCGGCGACCAGCGACUGUGUACAUUGGUUCUGUAGGCAAGCCAACUGAACGUACAGAGCAAAUCGUAUUCAUGAUGGGCGAACACGACAAGCGUAAGAAAUUGAUGGAAAUACUUUCCAAGGGAAUCGAACCGCCCGUCAUUAUUUUCGUCAAUCAAAAGAAGGGCGCCGAUGUUUUGGCCAAAGGUUUGGAAAAAUUGGGCUACAACUCAUGUACGCUUCACGGUGGAAAAGGGCAAGAACAACGUGAAUAUGCACUUGCAGCACUUAAGUCCGGUGCCAAAGACAUGCUCGUCGCAACAGAUGUCGCUGGUCGUGGUAUUGAUAUCAAAGAUGUUUCUCUAGUCAUCAAUUAUGAUAUGGCGAAAACAAUUGAAGAUUACACACAUCGUAUCGGUCGUACGGGACGUGCAGGCAAGAAUGGUGUAGCGAUAUCAUUUGUUACCAAAGAUGACAGUGCUCUAUUCUAUGACCUUAAACAAUGUGUAAUGGCUAGCCCGGUUUCGAUUUGUCCACCAGAGCUCAUGAAUCAUCCAGAUGCACAGCAUAAGCCGGGCACAGUGGUCACUAAGAAGAGACGAGAGGAGAAAAUAUUUGCUUAAGUUAAGACAACUCCUGUAAGCUGUAGUGUUUUCUAAACGUUUUGUCAUCCGGUUUUAAAUAAAUUAAGGUACAUUUAACUAUGUUUAAUGCAAGACAUUUAACGCACCGAUUACAAAAAUAUUA